AUGAUAAACAUGGUGGUGACGAGUGGAGGCUCUGCUCUGCGGCGUCGCUGGCUAGUGGUCCAACUCCUGAUGCAGGUGUGGCUGGCGGCAAAUCCAUCUUUGAGUGAGCGCCCAUGCCCCAAGAGCUGUCGCUGUGAUGGAAAAAUUGUCUACUGUGAGUCAAGCGCCUUUCGCGAUGUCCCCAAGAACCUCUCAGGAGGCUGUGAAGGCCUGUCUUUACGGUACAACAGCCUCGCCAGUCUUCGCGCAGGCCAGUUUGUGGGACUCAACCACCUCAUCUGGCUUUACUUGGACCACAAUUAUAUUGCCUCUGUGGACGGAAUGGCCUUCCAGGGGGUCCGCAGACUCAAAGAGCUGAUCCUAAGUUCCAACAAGAUCACGUCGCUCCACAAUACCACAUUCCACCCUGUCCCUAAUUUGCGUAAUCUGGACCUGUCAUACAACAAACUGCAGGCCUUGCAGCCAGGGCAAUUCCAGGGCCUAAGGAAGCUUCUCAGCCUUCACAUACGUUCAAACUCUCUAAAAACCAUCCCAAUGCGUCUGUUCCAAGAUUGCCGAAAUCUUGAGUUCCUGGAUCUGGGUUACAACCGCCUGCGCAGUAUCACUCGGAAUGCAUUUUCGGGCCUAGUAAAGCUCACUGAACUGCAUCUGGAGCAUAACCAGUUCUCAAAAAUCAAUUUCUCUCACUUCCCACGCCUCUACAAUCUGCGGGCACUUUACCUGCAGUGGAAUCGCAUUCGCUCAAUGAACCAGGGCCUGACCUGGACCUGGGCCUCCAUCCAGAAACUGGAUCUGUCUGGAAAUGAUCUGAUGGAAGUGGAUGCUGUAGUUUACCAAUGCCUACCCAACCUGCAGACCCUCAAUCUGGACUCCAACAAGCUGAACAAUGUCUCCCAGGAGGUUGUUGAUGCCUGGAUAUCUUUGACUACAAUUAGCUUAGCUGGUAAUGUAUGGGACUGUGGCCCUGCCAUCUGCCCUCUGGUGGCCUGGCUAAGAAAAUUCAGAGGGGCAAAGGAGACCACCAUGAUCUGUGCCUCCCCCAAGAAAGCCCAGGGUGAGAAAGUGAUGGAUGCUGUCGAAGCUUUUGGUGUUUGUCAGUCAAACCCAGCGACAACGCUCGCUGUGAGUAUUCCCCCAAGCCCAUCCAGCGUCCCUGUGCAGACCGAACGCCACCCAGCCAUUCUGGCUUUACCUACCGGUUCUGGAAAGAGAGGAGAGGGGUCUAUCAGAGGCCCCACAUUGUCAGUUGUUACCCCACCUGUGGCACUUCCCCCAGAGCAAGACUUGGAGCCUGUGUCCUUCCAUAAGAUUGUGGCUGGAAGCGUUGCCCUUUUUCUAUCUGUCGCGAUGAUCCUGUUGGUAAUCUACGUGUCUUGGAAGCGCUAUCCUAGCAGUGUCAAGCAGCUACAGGAGCAUUCGGCAGCAGCCCGCAAACGCCGCAAGAAAGCUAGAGAGACGGAGCGCACCCUGAGCUCUCCACUGCAGGAGUACUAUGUGGACUACAAGCCCACCAAUUCUGAGGCCAUGGACGUGCUUGUGAAUGGGACCGGACCCUGCACCUAUACCAUCUCAGGCUCCCGAGAAUGCGAGGUCCCCCACCAGUUGGGUGCGCUGACCUUCUACCGCUAUGAGCAGCCUAUCGUAGACUACUGCCAGGCCCAUCAACCCCUGCGGCUCAACAUGGGCUACGAGGGACCUCCACAGGGCCUGGAGGGCCUGGAGGACCUUGGCCCGUGCGAUAGGGGUACUAUACAGACAGUGGCGCUGCCGGCCGUGCCCUCUGCCACCAUCAUGGGUGCCCCUGUGCCAGGGCCUCGCUCUCCUCCACCCCCCCUCAGACCACCGACUGAAGGUCCCAGCAGCGGACCUUUCCCUCCCGCCGAACGCACUGGCACACUCAAAUUCGGACGCUAG